UGGAGGGGCAGGAGCAGCACUUGAGGCUGCUCUGGGAAGGGCUGAGGGGCGGGCUCUGGACGAGGGACAAAGAGAUAGUUGAGCUCCAACUGGGGGUGCAGACUGUGCCGACAGUAAUGGAGGAACAAGACUGAGACCUACUUUAACUGAGAAGCCCCCAAGAUAAAGGCUGAGACACCUAAGGCACUUCAGCAGACAUCUACAAAUCUGAAGGACAAGAUAUGGCUCAAGUAGGUGGGCAGAGGCGCUUCUCCCUUCUGGCAGCUGCUCCCCUAGUCCCCAUCCUUCCUGCUUCCCUCGAAGCCCAUGGAUGAGAGAAGUGUGUCUCCUGCCUGUCUCUCAUGUCCUCACAGCACAGAUCCAACAGCAACUUCAAGAUGGUCUCCUGGUCGGUGCUAAUGAGGAUACAAGCAACACUGCAGAAGGAGAUGGUGCGGGAGUUCCUGGCUGAGUUCAUGAGCACGUAUGUCAUGAUGGUAUUUGGCCUUGGUUCUAUAGCCCAUAUGGUUCUAGGAGGGAAAAAAUUUGGGAGCUACUUGAGUGUCAACUUGGGUUUUGGCUUUGGAGUCACCAUAGGAAUGCAUGUGGCAGGCAACAUCUCUGGGGCCCAUAUGAAUGCAGCUGUGACCUUCACCACCUGCGCUUUAGGUCGCAUGCCUUGGAGGAAGUUUCCUGUGUAUGUUCUGGGUCAGUUUCUGGGCUCCUUCAUGGCUGCUGUCACCAUCUACAGCCUCUUCUAUACGGCCAUUAUCCACUUCUCCGGCAACCUUCUGACAGUGACUGGUCCCAMGGCCACUGCUGGCAUUUUUGCCACUUACCUUCCUGAACACAUGAUAUUGUGGAGGGGCUUCCUGGAUGAGAUGUUUAUCACAGGGAUGCUCCAGUUGUGUCUCUUUGCCAUCACGGACAAGGACAACAAUCCAGCACUUCGAGGGACAGAGGCUYUGGUGGUCGGCCUCCUCAUUGUCAUCAUCGGAGCGUCCCUAGGCAUGAACUCAGGAUAUGCUAUGAACCCGUCCCGGGACCUGCCUCCUCGCUUCUUCACUUUCAUUGCUGGCUGGGGGAAACAGGUGUUCAGUGCUGGGGACAACUGGUGGUGGGUGCCAGUGGUGGCACCACUCCUAGGUGCCUACCUAGGUGGCAUCAUCUAUGUCAUCUUCAUUGGCUCCAGCAUCCCACGGAAGCCUCAGAGUUUGGAGAACUCCAUGGUGUUCGAAGAUCACAGGAUAACUGAAUUGCCCAAGACCAGCCCAUCCACGACCUCCCCCAUUGCCCCUUCAAUCCAGCCUGUSCCAUCCUUAAGUGGCUCCAUGCCUUUAGAGCAGUUCUAAGUUGAGACUGUCAUCCCAACUCACCCUAAUAAAGAAUGCCUUGUCCCACA